AUGUCGCUUUCAGGAUCAACAGCUGAAGAUAAGAGUAAAGUUAACGAUAUAGGGUUGAUGAACAAUGACGUCCAAGGACCUGGAGCUACUACAGAAAAUCCAGGUGGAGUAUUCCCAGAAGUAGGUAGUCAGCCUGCCCCACCUGGAUCCAUGCCAGGUUCAGGUGCUCCAGAUCAUCAUGGUGAUAUCCGAGGUGUGUUCGGUAAUCCUCAAGUAUUUAACGAUACCUUUGGACAUCUCUCCUCAGCGUUUACCGAUGCGAUCAAUAAGAUCAAAGAUGAGUCUGGCUCAGGAAUCGGAUCGGUAGGCAAAAUUCUGAUCACCAAAUUGGAAAGUAUGAGGGAUGAAGUAGAUGGAUGGAGGAUGGGUAAAGGUUUACCUGAAGUUGAACAGGCCGGCGGGGAAAGGAAUGAAUCAGUUGAAAGAGCUGUAGGAGAUGGUGGUGGAUUAUAUGCUGAUUAG